AUGCGAUUUCGUAGGCGUAUUAGAGUUGUUUCUAUUUAUAAUUCUUGUAGGCGUCCAAAACUGGGGGAUAAAUUUAGUAGCGGACAGGGGCAGAAAGGAAGAUAUGCCAUUCAACGAUCUUGGAAUGUGCCCAGAUAUGAUAUGAAUCCUCAUGGAUAUCCAAGCCGGAUGACUGUUGACAAAUUGAUGGAGUUAUUGACUGGAAAGAAUGCCAUUCUCUCUGGAAAAUUCCGUUAUGGAACCGCUUUUGGUGGUGAUCAGGUUAAUGUUGUUUGCGAAGAAUUGGCAGCUCGAGGAUUCAAUUAUGUUGGGAAAGAUAUGCUGACAUCUGGAAUCACGGGCCAGCAGCUGUGUGCUUAUAUUUAUUUCGGUCCGAUAUAUUACCAAGAAUUAAAAUAUAUGGUUUUGGAUAAGAUGCACGCGAGAGCUAGAGGACCAAGGUAUUUGGUAAAUAGAUUUAGACUGAGACAUUUCUAA